AUGACCCAUACGGGGAAGAAGGAGCGGGAGCUGAAAAAAGCCGGGCUUUCAACGCCGGCGAAACAAGAUGGUGCCGCAUCGGAGGUAGGGGGCGCUCACCUGCUCUGUGACCUGCUGGGGGUGAUGGUGAAGGAGGCGGAGAUGUGUGCAGAGUCUUUGGCCCGGUCCAAUGUCUCUGCUGCCACCUGGCUGCCAGAAGGAUGUGCGGGGAUGUGGGAUAACCUCAGCUGCUGGCCGCCCACCCUCCUUGGUCGCACCGUCUCUAUCCCAUGUCCAAAGAUCCUGCAGCUCAUUACAGGGACCAAAGGUGAGGUGAAUCGGAACUGUACAGAGGUCGGCUGGUCGGCGACCUUCCCCCCGGUGGACGUGGCCUGCGCGUACAACAUCAACGACACGGAGUAUGAGAAUAUGGAGUAUUACAUGCACCUGAAGACCCUGUACACUGUGGGAUAUGGGACGUCGCUCGGCGCUCUGCUCCUCGCCCUCCUCCUCCUCCUGUCAUUCAGGCGGCUGCGCUGUACUCGGAAUUACAUCCACAUGAACCUCUUCUCUUCCUUCAUCCUCCGCGCCAUGUCCAUCUUCAUCAAGGACGCCGUGCUGUUUUCUGCCGAUGAUGUCAAGCACUGCAGCGUCUACCUGAAGGACUGUCACUACGUCCUGAUCUUCUUCCAGUACUGCAUCAUGGCCAAUUACAGCUGGCUGCUGGUGGAGGGGCUCUACCUGCACACGCUGCUCGUCGUCUCCUUCUUCUCCGAGUGGAAGUAUUUCUGCUGGUACAUCGCCCUCGGGUGGGGCUCCCCCCUGGUCUUCAUCAUCGCCUGGUCCGUGUGCCGACAGCUGUACGAGAACACGGGCUGCUGGAACAUUAACUCCGACCCCAGCGUCUGGUGGAUCAUCCGGGGCCCCGUCAUCCUCUCCAUAUUUAUAAACUUCAUUCUGUUUGUGAGAAUCAUCCGGAUUCUGGUGAAGAAGCUCCGCACCGCGCGGCCCCCGGGGAGCGACCUCCACCAGUACAAGAGAUUGGCCAGGUCUACCCUCCUCCUCAUCCCGCUCUUCGGGGUCCAUUACAUCAUCUUCGCAUUCUUCCCGGAGGAUGUGAGCAGCGGCACGGUGGAGAUCCGCUUAUCCUUCGAGCUGGCGCUCGGCUCUUUCCAGGGCUUUGUGGUCGCCGUCCUCUACUGCUUCCUGAACGGUGAAGUGCAGUUCGAGGUCCGGAGGAAGUGGGGCAGAUAUCACCUACGGAAAUACUUCUGGCUGCGGCAGAACAAGCACUCGAUGGUCAGUAAUGGCGGCAGCGUCCUGACACAGGUGGUCCAGGUCAGCCGGAGCAGCCAGCGGGAGGCGAGGAACAGCUCCGCCCCUAUGACUAGCCUCAUCUGA